GGAGAAACCGCAGUUCUUGCUUGGCACCUGCUCUCAACUCUUCAAAACUCUCCGCUCUCUCAAAUGAUUUCACAAUUGUCUUGCUGUAAAGCCGGAUUUUUUCUACCUCUAUUCCGACGUGAAUCAUCACGCUGCCCAAGUCUGCCAACAAUGACAGUCCCGUCGGCAAAUGUCGAGUUGGCGUUGGACAGCCAUCAGAGACGCCGGCUUGCCUCACCCGGACGGAGAAUUACUCGAGAGCUUCACCGAUCAAGCUAUUGAUUCUGAGCGAGCCGCGAGCUACUUCUUGCAGAGAUGGCCCUCCUACAAGCGCAUCGCCGGGCUGACCGCUUUCUUCUCGGAAUGGAUCGAGUUGAUCUCAAAUUCUAAGCCCUACUCGUCCAUCACUCAGUGUUCCGGCUAAUAUUUUAAAGUUGAUUCGAUAGUAUCGGCCCCGUAUGCGACAGGUCCAUUGUCCGCAAUAUCACAAGGCGGGACGGCGCCAAACGUUGCAUUUCGGGCCUGACCGGUUCGCUCUUCAUCCGCUCAUCGUCGUCCGGAUAUUCCCUGAGACUGCAAAGCAACUGAUUUCAGUGAGUACUUCAAACUCAUCGGCGCCUGAUGUCACCGCGUUCAUAUCAAG